ACCUGUUCCAACAUUCCUGUCUAAAAAUCACAGGGAUAACUGACACCUUUCUUAGCAGCCUUUACAAAUUUAACAUGUUGAGCAGAGCAGUUGGGAGAAGUCUGGAGAGAAAGAGCUAUGCUCAGAUAUUUGGAGAGUCCAUCAGGGUGAAGCAUUUUACUGGAACAGCCUGGAGAGGAUGCUACUGCUUACAUGGUGUCAGUUCUCUGGACAAAGAAACGGCUCCACCUUCUGCAUCUGUCAGUCUGGCACCUUUAAUUAGUAAUUAAAUCACACUGUAGAUUUGUAUACAUAUUUGGAUAAAUAAUAAAUGACAACUAUCACACUGGCAUGCGAGGACGCAUGCAUACCCAGGGCAGGAAAUCACAUACAGUAUUUCAUUUGUUGCCAAUUGAUCUGUAACAAAGUGAGGAAGAUGCCCUGGGGACUGGUGACUAACAUGGAGCAUUGCUUAUGCUACAAAUCCCAUCCGGUUAUUAGUCUUUGAAAGUGGUUUGUUUAGUUUAUCACUGCUUCAGCAGGAAUGCCAGGGGCAUUAUUUUUGUUUUGAGUGUAUUUCUGUUCCAGUAUUACUGACUCCCACUCCACCCCUCCACAAGAGGUUAUGUGUUACCUGAGGGCUGAAAAUUAGGCAUGUGCUUCAGUGCCUCAUUGAAUCAGGAUCAGGGUGGUUAACACUGCACAAACCUCAGCCCUUAACAGGCUUCCUUAUUAAUUUUGCUGCAUUACAUUGGAGAACAUCUUUAGACAAAUCAAGGCUUUCUUAAGGAUCACAGAGCAUGACAAAGAAUAAACACCUUAUGAAGUAUCCAUGCCCAGCUAUUAAAAUGAUUUUAGCAUGUCAGACCUUCUGCUUAAAUCCUCCACUUUACUCGACAAUUGGACAAUAUUGUGUUACACAAUCCAAUACUGAAUUUAUGCAAUUCCAAAGUAUCACAAGUGACUGGCAAGUUUUAAGUCUGUUUCCCAACAGUACUGAUAAGCUGGUACUCCAUCAGGUGAUCAGAAUACUUGUAGUGUGCCCUUGAUCAAGUUAAUAUUUAAAAAUAGCGAUGUAAAAAUAGCAAUGCAAUAUCUUUACAAUUAUGUUAAAUGUCUUUUGGGGGAGUAGAUUUAUUUAGAUGUUUUAGAAAGGGAGAGAUUUUCUUUUUUCCAGGAAUCCUCUGCUAUUUUAGUGGAUUUGCUUUUUUUGAGGGAAAAAAAAACCCUGAAACAAACAAACCACCACAUUUCUUUCAUGACCAUAAUUUAGAAAAUUGGGCAACUAAGUUAAUAAUUGGCAAAGAUGCGCAGCUGGCUUUAAUGAAGGAUUCCACACCAACACUGCAGCUGGCAAAACCUACUCAGCUUCUUGCAGACAUUUCUGGAAAGAGGAAUGGUAAGCCCAACUGUACAGAGAUCUUCUGAACACGAGAAAACUCCUGUGCACUUCAGAUGAUGCUGGGUCCCCCAGCUUCAUAGCAUGAUGGCAUCUUCCUCGCAAAUGGAAUCUGUUCAAAUUUGGCAACCCUGUAAUCACAGUGACUUCGGCUGCCCCAUCUGUCUCCAGACAGCUACUUUCCCAGUAGAAACCAACUGUGGACAUCUAUUCUGUGGUUCCUGUCUGAUCACAUACUGGAAACAUGGUCCCUGGUUAGCAGCAAUAACCUGCCCUCUCUGCAGACAGAAGGUAGUUCUUCUGGAUAACAUCUCUUAUGAAAAGCAAUGGGAUAAGCCAAGUAAACAAAUUGUACACGACAUUAGAGACUACAACAAGCGUUUCUCAGGGCAACCUCGAUCCUUUGCAGAUUACCUUUAUGACAUGCCGUUAUUCCUGACUCUUGCCUUGCGAGGAAUCUUCAGCUGGGAUGCUCUCGUAUGGAUUUUUUUCCUAAGAGUUGUUGUUUGCUCCUUCGGAACAAUCAUAUGCUUGUCUUCUCCAUUGGACACAAAGCCCAUGCCUCUCUGUCGGACACUUGGCACAGCUGAUGACAUGGUGGUUGUCACCCUUCUUUUAAUUUGCACGAUAAACAUUUGUCAGCAAAUUGCAUCUAAUGGGGUAAAUAUGGCAAGGUCUGCAGCUGAGAGCAUGCUGUCAGAGUCCUGACCAACCCAAAUUUGGAUUCCUUCACUUCACCAAGUGAUGACAGUCUUCUCUCUGAAUCAGGGCAGUGUAUGAUGGAUUUGUCAUUCUGCUGCUGACAAAGGCUGAAGCAGGACUCAGCAAUGCUUGGCAUGGCCAAAAGAUUCAAGGUGGAAGUGCCUAGAAGGCUGGUUUUUCACACUGCUGUGUUUGCUAGACUCUUUCAUGCUGCACUUUGCUGUAACUUAUCUUCACACAAAGUGCCUGAACUGACAAUGCCUAGAGCUAUGAACAGAGCCUAAAAUUAAAAUGCCAAUCAACUUGCAGUUGAAGAGUUUUAGAAAUCAUAAACUUUAACAUUUUGCAUCGUGGUUCAAUUUGAAUAAAAUUUUAAUUGGAGAACUCAGCAAUCUGUACAAAGAAUGACAGUGUUCUAUUGCCAUGAUUGGCAUAAUGGUAUGGAAUAAGGGAAUAAUGUUGUGGUUUGAGCUAAAUUAGAGUCAGUUUUGUGACUCUAACUCAGUCUCACCUAAGCAACUUCAUUUUCUGAAAGGAAACUGCAUGUUUUACAGACAGUUUCUCUCUAGAGGUGAUAACACAUCAGUAUGCUGAAAGGCCAAUGCCUAUACUUAUCCCUAUAGUAACCAAGGCCAUCUUUGACCUGGUGAAAAAGGGCCACACCGGCAGGAGGGGUGGAUCGGGAAGCUGACCGUAAACUGACCAACAAAGUAUCCCAUCCCAUAUACACCACACUCAGUAUAAAAUUGAGAGACCACGAGGUCCUUCCUCUUCUGUAAUGGCCAAUUUCCAGUGAGGACCUCAUCUGUCUGUUUGCCCCUAAUCCUGGAUCCAUGCAUUCCUGAAUCCAGUUCCUGAGCUCAGCUCCCUCCUAGCUGUGGACUCAUUCCCUCAAGUCUGCUCUGCAAUAUUUGUGGUUAUGCACAGUCAUCGAGGGGUGUGGUGGGUGUACGACCUGUCAUACCUUUGUAUAUAUUUUAUUACUUUCUAAUUAUUUUCAUCAUCAUUCUUCUUCUUAUUAUUAAUUUCAUUAAAACUGCAGUUUUAGUUUCCAGCCCACAAGUCUUCUUUUUUCCCUCUCACUUUCCUUUCCCCAUUCCCUGAAGGGUGAGGGGAAAGGAACUGAGAGUCCAGCAGCAUGGUUUUAGUUCCAAAAUUAGCCAGGUCAGGGCUAAACAGUGACAUAUAGUAUCACUACAAAAUAUUGUAUAAGUGCUUUGUGUUAUCACAGCUUACGAUACAUCCACUGGAAUACAGAGUUUUACAGCUCUGCAGUGAGAACAGUCCUGGUUCUAAAAUGGAUAACAUGAAACUGGUAGCAACACUGGCUUGGAAUAAAUAUGUAGCUAUAAAGUAGAAGCAUUAUAAGGGGAGAACAGCAUUAAAAAAUAAUGCAAGAAAUGUGAACAAAUCUCCAUUUAACUCUUUUGUAUCAGCCUACGCAAGGUAGAAAGUUUCCUUGAACUCUGUGCAUGUAAGCUUUAACAAAGUCAGCACAACCGUUUGUUCCCUUUCUAGAUUUCAUAUGCUCCUUGUGAUUUCCUUGUAAGUCUUGGUACCAGUUCAGCCAGAGAGAUCAAUGCCAAAUUUGUGAUGAUGAUAUAGAAAUAGCAGGAAGUUUAUGGAAAGUUUGCUGAAGUUGCAAUGUGUUUGUGCUGAGCUGCAAGGGGUUAAAAAUGCUGGUGUAGUGCCAGACAACCCUACACAUCUGUCCCUGCAUAAUCUGUACACUUGAUAUGCAUUUGGAGCCAGUGGACUUCACUUUUAUAUAUGAAUUGUAUAUUAAAAUAGAUACAUGAAAAUUUAUGAAUAUUUAUGGUUCACAAUACGCUGGUCUCCAACUGUUUCUUCCUUCUACUUAUUUUCAGCUGUCAUAUUUUAUAGUGCCCUUGAGUUGUAAGCUAUGAUAUACCGCUAUGUUGCAGUCAUUUUCUUGCUUGUUAUACUCUUUGUUAUAAUGUUUCUUUCUAUUCCCAUCAACUUUCAUUGUCUUUAAUUAUGUCCCUGAACUUGUAAAGCUGUUUCUCUUAACAAUGAGUACUUUGGAAAUGGCAACAAUUGCUUUUCCAUGAACUACAAGGCAGGAAGUGCAUUGUUUCUUUAAAAAAAUUACCAGAUGUUUUUGAGCGUUGACUACUAACAUAAAAACCCCUAAAAACAAUUAUUUUCCAAAUUCUCUAAGUGUAACUUUGUUAUUGUGUAACUUCUGUUUGCAUUUAAGUGGGAAUUACAGCCUGUGCCAAUACUAAAGAAUGCAAUUUCUAUCAAGCUGAGUGUAUAAAGAUGGAGUCCACUUCUGUGAAUACUGACUCCCUGGAAAGGGACUGGAGGCUGCUCCUCUGGCAUAACGCAGGCUUGCCAAGAGGGUGGCAGCACACGGUUUGAAGAAAAGAAGGGUUCUCAUCAGUGGCCUGUAACAGAGGUGUAGUUGAUCUGCAUAUACUCUUCUGCUACCGCUGGAUUCUUAAUCCUCUCCUUCCAUGGGGGACCCUGGGUUUGCUUUGUAAACAGACUGGUAUUUUUUAUUAGGAAGUAACAGACAAAUGGCAGAGAAAGAAUUUCUGAGCUAAUUUCCCAGAAGGCAUUGGCAGUGUUUGGAUCUUGCAAGAUGAAAACAAUUUGUACUGUCCAAGGCAAAACAUUUGUGCUGUAUACAACCAGAGUAUACAAACUGUCCCCUUCCACAGCCCAGUUAUGCCAGGACCUGUCAACGUGAGUCUGCCAGAACCUUGUAAGACAAACCAUCUAGGGCAGCUCUCAAAAAUUACCUGGGAACAAAGGAAAGCCUUUUGCUGACCAGAUUAGGCCAGCAGGCAUCUAGGAAGGUUUCUGAGAAUUGACAAAUGCAAGUGUAAGGACAGAAAGCCCUCUUUCUCCCCCUGCGUUCCCUGUACCUGCUGUCGCCGAGUUCAGCUCAAAACAACAUGAUGAGAAUGGACAGGGAGAGCUGGGCUGUUUCAGGGCUGACUCCGCGAGGCAGCUGGCAGGGCGGAAGGAAUGCACCUGCAUUAUGAACGUGUUUUCAGCAACUGGGCCUUUUCAGCCUAGUCUGCCAAUGCCAACAAUGGGCUGCGUCACCUCUGCACAGUGAGCACUGUGCUCUGAGACCCAGUUACAUGCAAAAGACAAAAUGGCACAAAUAACUGAUAGCAAAAUGACUGCUCCAAGAAUGGAGACAGAAAAAGGAGAGCAGGAAAAAGGCAAAAACAUAGAUGAAAACACUGCACAGCUGCAAAAGUGAUUCUCAAAUAUCAGGCACCAACAAAGUACUGCAAUCAGAGUAAAAAAAAAACCUAGUGGAACUUUCCGAAAGAAUUAGAUCAUAGCUGUAACAGACACUAAAAUUAAAAGGAUCAUAUGUGAUGCCAGGUGUAGUUACCUGUGAAAAGCAUGGCAAAAAGGGCAGCACCUCAAGG